AUGGCGGCGGGGUGCUCGGUGGAGCCAGCACGCAACCUCUUGGGCUUCGCGCUCGCGAUCACUUCCGACACUGAGGACGUCGCCCUGUGGAUGAUCGGCCUGGGUGGCGGCCGCCAGGGAGACACCAUCACAGGACCGAGAGAGGCGGCUCGCUUCCGGCCUAGCAACGAGAAACCUCUGCUUCUGCGAUCCGGCGGCUGGGCUCCCCGUCGGCCGAUCGAAGGAGUGGAGGAAGCGAUGGGAAAGCGGCAGGAAAGGGAGAAAGAUGAGGGCGGCGACGGAAAGAGGAGGAAGGUCGCGGCUGCGGCCCCCGUCUUCACCAUGGACGACCUUGACAUCCUCCACUGCGCCGUCUGCUGCGACCCCCUGCGCCCUCCCAUUUCCCAGUGCUCUACGGGUCGUCAUACCAUCUGUUCGUCCUGCCAGGACAAGCUCCCAGGCAAGUGCUGCUACUGCUGCGAAACAACAGUCUACAGUCGCUGCCGCGGGAUAGAAAAUAUGAUUGAAUCCCUCAAAGUUGCUUGCCCCAAUAAUGGAUGCACUGCAAGGAUAAAAUACUACCAAAAAGAAGAGCAUGAGGAAGUUUGCCCGCAGGCGCCAUGCUUCUGCCCCAUAGCCGACUGCAGCUUCAGCGGACCAACCGCAACGCUCUUGGAGCAUUUCUCAAGCAAAGACAAGCUGGACUCCACAAAAGUUUCGUACAACAAGGGGUUCGGGAUCCUCAUCAGCUUCAAUGUUAACGGCGAUCUUCCAGAACCAACCAUUCUUGUGGGUGAGGAUGGAUACCUCUUCAUUGUCUACAUGAAGACAGAGUCCCUCGGCCUUGGCAUCGCGGUCUGCUGCGUCCAGCCCCACAUUACAACUGGAUCCAAGUUCAAGUGCAAUCUGUCAUUGUCGUCGGCUGAGACGGGCUACUCCCAGGCUACAGAGUUUCACACAAGGAACACUAACCUGUAUGAUGGGUUUCCCGAUGACUGCUUCCUAUUCCUUGUGCCCAAGGCGAUGCUUCCAGGCGCUGGUACAAGUGACACGGUCCUGCACUUGAACUUGUGUCAAGCCGUCUUUAGGUCUGAUCUAGAAAUAGAUUUGAUAGCGAAAAUCGACCGAGGCGUCCCGAUUGCAAACAAUGAUUACAUGGCCAUUUUGCAAACCCUAAACCCAGCCCAGCUGCAACUCAGGAGAUAG